UGGUUUUGGCGCAUACUAAUGCUGCUAUGUUCUUGGCUCUACCUACAGUACCAUCUGCCCUUCCGGGCGUGCGCUCUGAUACUCCAGGUCCUACGCAUCAUCUUCGUGGCUCUUGGGCUUAUUGAUAAGGCAUCUGACACUCCCAUUACUCUGACGACGUCAAUGAACCGGCUUGCGCUUACAGAUCAAUUCGAGGUCAAGGCCAUGUGCCCCGCUUGCCAUAGGCUCUAUCCUGCGAAUUCUCCUCCUGAUCUUCAGUGUUCUAAGUGCAGCAUUUCGAUCUUCAAACCAUCCAAUUCGAUGUUCUCUGAUGCUGUAGAUGAAACACAGACUACUCGCAUGAUGUCCACACCGAAGCUACAGGUCCCAUACUCGCUACUGUCAGAGCAACUUCCUGGAUAUGUCACUCAUUUAGAAGAGUCUAUCGACUCAUGGCGUUUGAAAGGCGAACCACGGCCUGGCGCAAUGCGAGGCGUCUAUGACGGCAAGCUGUGGUCAUCGCUUCCUGGGCCACCAGGUCAAUCGCAGCCAUUUUUUUACAAUGGUCCUGAUCGCCUUGAUCCAACAGAGUUACGCAUUGCGGUAACCAUUAGCUUCGACGGAUUUGUUUAUCAGCGAAGCCAGUUUGCAGGUAAACAUAGCACCGGCGUCCUCUCAAACUGUAUUGCAAACCUCGAUACAGAGCAAAAGUAUCAAUCACGCAAUCUCAUCCUAUGUGGCCUAUCACCGGGCCCACGGGAACUAACGGGGGAUGAGUUACAACUCUUUCUUGAAGAGUAUGUAACUGAUCUUCUGCUUCUCUUCGAGCAUGGAAUCGUAGUGAAGACGCCGCUGUUCCCAGAAGGCCGUCGAGUGCGCGUUAUUCUCAUAGGCGUAAUAUGUGAUCAUCCAGCACUGUGCCGCAUGUGUGGCUUUGGUGACCACAACACCAAGACAGCUUUCUGUACAAAGUGCAAAAUCCCUCGUGAUCAACUCUCGACGCAAGCAGGCAUGAGCAUAAACGCAUUCCCACCACGCAACGAAGAGGAACAUCGCCGGCAUGCUCUUGAAUAUCAAUGUGAAACGGAUAGUCAAAAAUGCGAUGAACUCUUCGCUCUACAUGCAGUGCGAUUUUAUGAGCUCUCGCGCUUACCUUACUUCGAUGCGGUGCGUAUGUCAAUCAUAGAUCCAAUGCAUAACAUUCUGCUUGGCAUAGUCAAGACGCAAUGGCUGAAUGUUUGGAUUGAUGAGAAUGCAUUGCGAGAGCGAACCAAAGGCAAGAAAGUCAAGCGAGAACUGGACCAAGUCCACGAAUACCUUGCGAAUUUUGAAAUGCCUCGUUGGGUUGCACGACUGCCGAGUGAGAUAGGGUACCCUGCAGGAGGAUCACUUACUGCAGAUGAGUGGAAGGGCCUCGUGCUUAACUAUGGGCCAGUCGUGGUCCCAUUAAUCUGGCAAGAAUGGCAGCCGUCUGCAGAGAAGGCAUAUCAAAAGGCAGUCGAGACGUGGAAGAAAAAGGAGGAAGCACGUAAACGUCGGAUAGAUAAAGGUAAACGAAGAGUGGAUGGCACCGAGGAAGCACCUGCAUCAAAACCAAAGCGUCGUAUGCACGCUGAUGACGCUGACAACUUUCUGAGCUUUGCGACUGCUCUCAAGCUCAUUCUCGCACGUACUGUAUAUCAGCCAGAAUUAGAUCGUGCACGGGUACUUCUGGAGGAGUAUCUGCAAGGUUAUCAGCGCGUACACCCCGACAAAGUCAAGCCCAACUUUCACUAUGUCACCCACAUAUUUGACCAGAUCGAUGAUUACGGACCUGUAUACGGAUUCUGGUCCUUUCUUUCAGAGCGGUUAAACAAGGUGUUAAAGAGCUAUUCCACGAAUAAUCAUGAUGGAGGU